CACAAGCCAUUAAUGGUGUGUGAGGAAACAACUGAGUGUUAUUAAUCAAAUCAAUAAUAGUGCAAUAAAAUACAAGCAAUAUUUGUCAUCGUGCAAUUGACUUCUAAGCAAAGAGAUCAUAAUUAACAAGCCAAUCAAUCAAUCGACAAUCGUCAAGAUGAACAGGAAAUUCUUGCCAAUUGCAGUCGGCGUGGUCCUACACAUACUCUUCAACAAUGUUGGGAUCCAGGCACAGCUCAACCUCGACCAGAUUGAGCUGCAGAAGCAGCUUCCGGAGGAGCUGCUGAAGUCGAACUUCACCAUCAACGAUGCCAAGGAUGUGUUUCGCAACAAGUGCAUAGAGGUGGCCGGCGAGGAUGCUGGCGGCAAGGCGUACGAAGAAAUUGAGUCCGGAUUUGCAGUUCUCAGCGAUUGCGUGAACGGCAUUGUCAACUAUACGACAAUGCAGCAGGAAAUCGAAGAGGCGAGCCCCGAGGGCGAGCUGGAUGUGGUUUUUAAUAAGUAUUGCAACAAGCGAUCCAGUGCCAUUGAAUGCUUUGAUGUGUUCACCGCCAAACUCUCGCCUUGCCUUGACAAGGAGGAGCAGGAAAGCAAGGAUGUUAUCAAGCGGAUCAUUCAGAGUUUAUUGAACUUUGUUUGCCACAAAGAUGGAGACCAAAUAGCUUUGUUUAUUGCUGAGAAGGGGCCAGAGUGCCUCGAGUCCGAGAAGGACAAUAUCCAACAGUGCCUGAAUAGCACCUUUUCUACGUAUCUUAACUCUGCGGAUAUCCAUGACAAUAAGAUCAAAUCAAUACCCAAACUGACUGUCGGCCAGCGACAAUGUGAUGAUAUGCUGAGCCUCCAGUCGUGCGUGGUCCACCGGCUGGAACAGUGCACCGACAUAACGCCAGCCAAUCUUGUGGAAUCAAUGUUCAACUUUAUCAGAAACGAAACCCUAUGUCGCAACUACCAGAAAUCUCCCCUAACCGCAGCCGCCGCCAGCAGCAGUCCAGGUGUUCAGGCAAUGCCUUUCUUGUACUCUUUGUUUCCCAUGUUUAUUUUCAUGUUUGCUUUUCACAAAUCUGCAUAG